AUGGAUUUCACUACCGCUACUUUUAAAAAUUUCGAGAACAUUGAAGGUCAUGAUAUGUAUGAUAGAGCCGCUGUUUUCGGCGAUUUCCUUCAAUAUAUGAAAGAUAACGGUCACAUGAAUUACCGUCUUCAGAAUUUCUCAGGCUGCGGGCCGGAAAUGCGUGUAAAAACUUCAAUACAUGAAAAUGGCUUUGAUUAUGUGAGCUUUGUUUCUAAUGAUUACCUGGGAUUUACGCAGCAUCCAAAAGUAAAAGCCGCCGCUAUACAGGGAAUAUCAGACUUCGGUACUGGUGCGGGGGCAUCGCCAUUAAUUGGUGGGCAUUUUUCUUACCAUGAAAUUUUAGAAGAGAAAAUUGCUUCUUUUUUUAAGCGCAGCAAAGAUUCAUCAGUAAUUUAUACCACAGGUUAUACAGCAAACAGUGCUACUUUAAUGAGCCUGCUCCAGAAAGAGGAUUUGGCGAUAGUUGAUAUGGCUGUGCAUUCCAGUAUUUAUGAGGGCUGCAUAUUAACGAAUACAAAAACAUUUCUUCAUAACCAUAUGGAGUCUCUGGAACGAAUUUUAAAAGCUGCCAGAUCUCAGUACAGAACUAAAUUGGUAAUUGUUGACGGUGUUUAUUCUCAGGAUGGUGAUCUUGCACCUUUAAGGGAAAUUAUCGGAUUGGCCAGGCAGUAUGGUGCUUAUGUAAUGGUAGAUGAUGCCCAUGGAAUCGGAGUGCUCGGCGAAACCGGAAGAGGGGCUUUGGAGCAGCAUGAUCUAUUGCAUGAGGUCGAUAUUAUUUCCGGAACUUUCAGCAAAACAUUUGCAAAUAUUGGCGGUUAUGUGAUCGCAAAUCCUGACCUGAUCAACUUUCUUAAAUUUCAGUCCAGGCAGCAGAUUUUCUCAGCCACCAGCACACCUGCAGCAGCGGGUAUCAUUAAAGCGAUUGAAUUAAUUGAUGAGGAACCGCAAUGGCAGUUAAAGCUAUGGGAAAAUAUCAAUUAUUUCAAGAAAGGGCUUCAGGAUAUUGGGAUAGAUACAGGGACAACUGCAUCUGCUAUAGUUCCUGUUAAAAUCGGUGAUCCUCAUAAAACUGGUGAUGCUGGAAAGUUAUUACUGAAGGCUGGUAUCUAUACAAAUCCAAUAUUAUAUCCUGCUGUAGCAAAAAAAGAUGCCCGGAUACGAAUGAGUUUAAUGGCGACCCACACGAGGGAACAAUUAGAUAAAGCCCUGAGUGCGUUUGAAUUUGUAAAUCAAAAACUUGAUAUUGUAGGACAAAGUGUAUAAGAUGGUCAGAAAAGUUACCGAAGGACCGAUAAGAAAUAAAGAAAAAACCAGACUGAAAUUACUGAAUGCCGUUGGUGAAAUUAUAAAGACUGAAGGCUACAAGGGUUUGGGGGUGAAUAAUAUUGCCGCUAAAGCCAAAGCUGACAAGAAACUUAUCUAUCUGUAUUUCGGGAAUGUUGACAAGCUUGUAGAAACUUAUGUACGGCAGAAGGAUUAUUGGAGUGCGUUUUCUGAAGGUAUACAAGGGCUAAUUGAAGCCAAUCAAGGCAAUUUUGGUCAGGAGCUUGCCAGUCAGAUAUUAGUGGACCAGUUUAACUUUUUCCUUGAUGCCGAAGAAAUGCAGAAAGUUAUUCUUUGGGAAAUCAGUGAAAAGAAUGCACUGAUGCGGGAAAUAGCUGAUGCAAGAGAGAUUUUAGGCAAUGAACUUUUUAAACUUACCGAUCCGCAUUUCGGAGGGACUGAUGUAGAUAUAAGAGCUAUUCAGGCUCUUUUAAUUGGGGGGAUUUAUUACCUGGUGUUACAUGCAAAGUCAAACGGAAGUACAUUUUGCGGUCUGGAUAUUAAUGAGCUGCCUGAUCAGCAAAGAAUUAUCAAAAGCCUUCGCCAGCUUGUUGAAUGGAGCUACGCCAAGGCUAAAAAAUAG